AUGGCUGCGCCAAAGAUUUAUUUCGGUACCGUUCUGUUCAACGCAGACCAGGGCUACAAGUCGGCCGAAGACGUCAAGCCAUGGCUCGACGCCUUGUUGGAGAGCAAAGACGCCAUCAGCGGAGUCGAUACCGCCGUUGCCUUCCGCGAGUGCCAGGACUACUUGGGCCAGCUCAACUUCGCGUCGCAUUUCUCUAUUUCCACCAAGGUGACAGGUGGUGCUCACCCAAUGCUGACCGCGACAAAAGACAAUGUCAUUGCCCAGGCCAAAGACUGCCUGAACAAGCUAGGCGUAGAGCAGGUCGACGUUCUGUACCUGCAAGCUCCGGAUGCACGCGUCCCCUUCGAAGAGACGCUUGCUGCCAUUGACGGUCUUUACAAAGAGGGCGUCUUCAAACGGUUUGGCAUUUCCAACCACACGGGCGAGCAAAUCGAGCAAGUUGUUCAGAUAUGCCAAAGCAAAGGCUUUGUCGUUCCCUCCGUGUUCCAGGGCAGCUACAACGCUAUUGCGCGUCUGCCCGAGACGCAACUGCUCCCCGUUCUGCGUAAGCACAACAUUGCGUUUGUGGCGUACAGUCCCAUCGCGGGCGGCUUCUUCGCCAAGACGUCGCAGCAGUUCCGCGACCAGUCUCUCCAGGGCCGCUGGAACAAGGCAGGGCUUUUCGGAAAGCUGUACCAGUUCCAGUAUAACAAGCCUGCGGCACUCGAGGCGCUGGACAAGUGGCACGAGAUUGCCAAGGCCGAGGGCAUUUCGGGCGUGGAAAUGGCGUACCGCUGGCUGGCGCACAACUCUGCCCUAGAUGCCUCCAAGGGCGACGGCAUGAUUAUUGGUGCAUCGAAUGUUGAGCAGUGGAAGAGCAACCUCGCGGCGAUCAAGAAGGGCCCUCUGAGUGCCGCGGUGGCGGCCAAGAUUGACGCUCUUUGGGCGCCUUUGGAGGCGGGUUCUGUUCUCGACAAUUUCCAUGCUGUCAAGGCACUCAUGGGGGCUGGGCCUCCCAAGUAG